AUGCUGCCAUCCGCCACAUGCGCUUCGCUGCCCUGCACACCCCGACUCACCAUCUCCUUGUCUCGCUGUCUCCCUGUUUCCCCGUCUCCCAUUCUUCCCGCCUCCCAAUUCCCCUGCCCCUACCAGGACCCCAUGUUCAUAGUGUCACGCGAGUUCCGCAUAAUGGACUGCAACGACGCGGCCAUCCGCCACAUGCGCUUCGCCUCCAAGGCCGAGGCCAUCGCGCGCUUCGACGCCCUCUCCGGCGCGCCCAAAUUCCAAGCCGACGGCCGCCGCACGGCUGACGUGGCAGCCGUCAACGUGGCGCGCAUGCUGCGCGGCGAGACGGUCGUCGUGGAGUGGCGCCACCUGGCCGCCGACGGGACGCCGUUCGACGUGCUGUUGAAUGUGAGAGAGAUUAUGGUGGAUGGGCAGCGCUGCAUGCUGUCGGUCUGGCACGACCUGUCUGAGAUGAAGCGCAAGGAGGAGGAGCUGAAGGCGGCCAAAGAAGCAGCAGAGGCGGCAAACGAGGCGAAGAACCGGUUCCUGGCGAACAUGAGCCAUGAGCUGCGCACCCCCAUGAAUGGCGUCAUCGGUGUCGCCGAGCUGCUCCUCCGCACGCCCCUUACCGACGAGCAGCGCAUAUACCUGGACGUCAUCUGCUCCUCGGGCAACGCGCUCACCCACAUCAUCUCAGACGUGCUAGACAUCACCAAGAUCGAAGCGCACUCUCUCGCGCUCGAGUCCUACCCGUUUGACCUCCGGGAAACGGUGGUGGAUUCGUUAGAUGCAGUGAGAUCGGCUGCUAGCAGGAAGGGCCUGCAGGUGACGAGCAGCGUGAGUGGGGAGCUUCCCGAGGCAGUGAUAGGGGAUCAGUUCCGCGUGCGGCAGAUUGUGCUCAACCUGCUGUCCAACGCCAUCAAGUUCACUGAUGCUGGCACUGUGGGGAUCGCGGUUACCACCAGUGCGGAGCGGCCGGUGCUGCAGCGAGGGAAGACGGAGGGGGGCUGUGCCGGGUGGGUGUGCGGGGGUGGGUGGGAGCGAGAGGAGAUGCGGGAGGUGGAGGAGAAGAGUGAUGGUGGGGUUCUUGGCAAGAGGGCGAGAGGGGAGGAAUCUGUGGGUGCGGAUGAAACAGGGUUAGAGGUUAAAGAGGGUAACGCUGCUCCUAUGAGCUCUGCAAAGCGGCUUCGCAGGGAGCAGCAGAAGCAGCAGCAGCAACAGCAGCAACAGGAGGAAACGACUGUGAGGGGAGCAGGGCAAGGCAAUGUGGCAUCAGCAGCAGCACCAGUGUGGGUGCGAAUAGACGUUAGCGACACGGGCGUGGGCAUCUCCUCCGAGGCGAUGGCGCGGCUGUUCACGCCGUUCCGGCAGGUGGACGACUCGUCGUGCCGCAAGCACGGCGGCACGGGCCUGGGUCUCUCCAUCUGUCGCUCGCUCGCCGCGCUCAUGGGGGGCUGCAUCUCCGUCGCCUCCUCCCCCCGCCACGGCUCCACCUUCUCUGUUUGCCUGCCGCUGCAACCCACCAGGCAGUCUCCCUCUCGCCCUCACCACGUCUCGAACCAAAUGCCCACAACUUCAGCUGCAGCUGCUGCUGCCGCCGCCGCCGCUGCUGCCUCUGCCGCCGCUGCUGCUUCUUCUAGCAAGGCAGCAGCAGCGCCAGCAGCAGCUGCAGACACGACUGCUAAGAUUGGCAGCGCCCCUCCUGCUGCGCGGCCGUUUGAAAGCUACCUGAACUCAGAGCUGGGUCCGGUGGUGGCUGAACUUGACUCGUGCGGCUUGAGUGACGCAAGACUCACCCAGCUGGAAGGCCGAGGGCGGGGGGUGCGUUGGCAGGAGGACGCAGCAGCCCCAAGAGCAGGAGCAGCAGGAACAGGGUCGGUGAAUGAGGUGGGGGAGGGGAAGGCAGGGGGCUCACGGGAUGAGGGAUGUUCGAGGAAGUUGUCUGCGGGUAAAUGUUCCUCUGCUGUUGUGGGGAGUCCCAAGGGGAGCGGGGAUGGGAGGAGCGGAGGAGGCAAGCGUGUGGCGCGUGCUGUUGGUGUUGGUGUUGCUUCUGCUGCUGCCGCUGCUGGUAGCGGCGGGGAUUGUGGCCCGUUCAGCGGGCUGCGGUGCCUGGUGGUGGAGGACAACGCGGUGAAUCGCAUGGUGGUGGUGCAGCUGCUGAGGAACCUGCGAGUCUCGUGUGACGUGGCAGAGAAUGGGCACAAGGCCGUGGAGGCCUGCCGCUCCACCAACUACCACGUCAUCUUCAUGGACUGCCACAUGCCAGUCAUGGACGGGUUUGAAGCCACCACGCGCAUUCGCAGCCUUCAGGGUGUCGAAUCGCCCUCAAACGGACAGCCAGGUUUCUGCUCUGCUGAUGUGAGAAAGGGGCAACAGAAGCAGCAAUGUUCGACAGAUUGCCAUCAGCAGGCGCUGCAGCGGUCUGUUAUUUAUGCAUUAACAGCAAGCGUGCUGAAGCAUGAGAGGGACAAGUGCGCUCUCGUGGGGAUGGAUGGGUUCCUGGCAAAGCCGAUACGCAUGAGAGACCUGCAGCAGGUGUUGAGCCAAGUGCUGGCUAAGCCUCAGCUUUACCGAGGCAACAACCACAGACAAGUUAUGUCUAUAGAUUUGCUCUUCUCGCUUCCAUCGCUCACCCGCUCUACUCGCGCGGGAGUCCUCACGUCUCCCUCUAUAGAUUCGGACCUUUCUCGUGCCAACAUGCUACCUUCCCCCGUCUUCCUUCUUCCCUCCUCCCCACUCUCCCCCCCUCCCCUCCGGCCCCCCUCUUCCCCACUCCCCUCCCUCCCCCUUCGUGUUGACGCGUCGUCGUCGCGUGUGCGCAGCGCCGCUCUCCUUCGCGCUGUUGCCGGCGAUGCGAAUCUGCCAGUGACGGCCGAACGGCAGACGCGGAAAGAGUCUGCCGGGUGGCCGGCAGUGGCCGUCAAGUUGCCUCAGCAAGCACCGGCGAGGGAAAGUGAAGAGCAUGGGAGGAUUGCGCAAGGGAAGGUUCUAGGAAGGUCGCUGCUGGAGCUGAUCCACCAGGAUGACGUCAGGAAAGUCAAGCACAAAACCACCCCUCUGCACCCUUUUGCACCCCUUGUGACCCCCCAUUCCCUCUACUCCUCCCCUGCUGCAGCACGCCACAGCGAAUGUGGAGCUGGCAACGAAUCUGGCGCAGGUGAAGCCCCCCACCUUGCCUCAUGCACUUUGAGUCCAUACAAACCCAACACCACCACCCUGCACCCCCCUCCACUCCUCCAGGCGCAGCUGCUGCAGCACGCCACAGCAUGUGCGGAGCUGGCAACGAAUCUGGCGCAGGUGAAGCCCCCCGACCCCGUCUCAUGGGGGGAUGCUGUUGAGAAACACUACGGGACUCGCCCCUCGCCCCAUGCAGCACCCCCGCCCCAUGCGCCUCCCCCACCCCAUGUGGCACCCCCGCCUCAUGCGCCACCGCCCCAUGCAUCCCCUCCCCAUGGCCCCCCUGCUGCUGCUGCUGCUGCUGCUGCUGCUGCUGCUGCUGCUGCUGCUGCUGCUGCUGCUGCUGCUGCUGCUGCUGCUGCUGCUGCUGCUGCUGCUGCUGCUGCUGCUGCUGCUGCUGCUGCUGCUGCUGCUGCUGCUGCUGCUGCUGCUGCUGCUGCUGCUGCUGCUGCUGCUGCUGCUGCUGCUGCUGCUGCUGCUGCUGCUGCUGCUGCUGCUGCUGCUGCUGCUGCUGCUGCUGCUGCUGCUGCUGCUGCUGCUGCUGCUGCUGCUGCUGCUGCUGCUGCUGCUGCUGCUGCUUCUGCUGCUGCUGCUGCUGACCCGUCCCAUCCGCCUGCUGCUGCUGUCGUGCCCCAUGCAGCUACUGCUGCCGCUACUGCGACUGCUCCUUCCGCUCACCAUCCUGCUGCCACCCCUCCCAACGCUGCCAGUGCCCCCCACCACCCCAGCCACCCCAACCAGGCCAUUUCCGCCAGCCCCCCCCCACAGCACCUCACAUGCGCCCAUCACCCCAGCGCACCCAGCGCCCCCACCGUCUCCAGUGCCCCCGCCGCCCCCAGCGCCCCCAUGGUCUCCAAUGCCCCCGCCGCCCCCGGUGCCCCCGCCGCCCCCGGUGCCCCCGCCGCCCCCAGCGCCUCCGCUCCCCCGCCCCUCAAGCUUCACCCCCAGCAGCGGCGCAGGCGGAGGGGGAGGCGGCGCACACAGGCAGUGGGGCGGCGGGCGGACGGUUAUCCUGACCACUUCUGGCCCUCCUAUCCCCCUGACGAGACCCCCCCUCCGCCUGCGCCUGGUGAGCCCAUCCUGGUGUUUUCCAGCAGCAUGUCGCUCAUAGAGUGCAACGACACGACAGUAUGGUUGAUGCGCUGCCCUCAAUCAAUGUGCCACCCCUCUUUCCGCUCCUUUCCCUCCGCCCCCAAUCUCCACCCCUUUCCCACCCCCUCUUAUCAGGAGCCCAUCCUCGUCUUUUCCAGCAGCAUGGCGCUCAUAGAGUGCAACGACGCGGCGGUGCGGUUGAUGCGCUUCCGCAGCCGAGCAGACGCCCUGGCCAACUUCCGAGUGGCCAAGAUGAGCCCCGAGUUCCAGCCCGACGGGAGGCGGUCCCGGGAGGCCAUUCUGGGCAUGCACGGGCGGAUGAUGAGCGGCGAGGUGGUGGAGUUUGAGUGGUGCCAUCUCACUGCUGACGGGCACCCCAUCAUGCUGCAGGUGGGUGGGUUGACGGCUGUUGCGCGCGAGAAGUUUCCUGUACAGGUGAAGGUGAAGAUCAUUGAGAUCGGCGGCGAGUCGUGCCUCCUAGCCGUGUGGCACGACUUAACCGAGUCCAAGCGCAAAGAAGAGGAGCUCCGAGCGGCCAAAGACGCGGCCGAGGCAGCGAGUGAGGCGAAGAAUCGGUUCCUGGCGAACAUGAGCCAUGAGCUGCGCACCCCCAUGAAUGGCGUCAUCGGUGUCGCCGAGCUGCUCCUCCGCACGCCCCUCACCCCGCAGCAGCGCUCCUACGUCGACGUCAUCUCCUCGUCUGGCACGGCACUCAUCCAUAUCAUAUCUGAUGUGCUGGAUAUUACCAAGAUUGAGGCGCAUGCGCUGGUGUUGGACCGGAACCCGUUUGAUCUACGGAGGACUCUGUCUCAAUGUCUUGCUGUCGUGCGCACCGCUGCUGACGGCAAGGGGCUCAAGCUGCACAGCCGUGUGGGAGAGGGUGUGCCGGCGUGUGUGCUGGGAGACCAGUUCCGAGUGCGGCAGAUUCUCCUCAACCUGCUCUCCAACGCCAUCAAGUUCACCGACAGGUGUGCGCUCUCAGUGGUGUGUUUGGUGGAGUGGUUUAUGGGUGUAGUGCGGUUUAAGGGAGUGUGGAUGGGUGGGAGUGUGUGGUGGGAUGUGGUGCGGCAGAUUCUGCUCGACCUGCUGCUCAACGCCAUCAAGUUCACCAACAGGUGUGUGGAGUGUGGUGAACGGGUGUGGUGCGCGGUUGGAGGGAGAGAGGUGGAGGUGCAAGUAUACCUGCAGAUCCAGCCACACCUGCCCUCAGCACUGCCACCAGUCGAAGCGCCUUCUCCUCCUUCUGCUCCUUUUGCGCCUUCUCCUCCUUCUGCUCCAGCUACUCACUGCUCUGCUGCUACUCGUACUGUCGCGGCUACUCACAACCUGGCUGGUACUCGCAACCCUGCUGCUGCAAGCUUUGUUGAGCCUCAUUCAGAGAAGGGAGAGUCAAAUAGCACAUACGCACUCGAAGCGAAUUCAAUAGAGGCACAUUCAGUAGAGGCGCAUUCGCCAGAUACGCAGCUUCUGAACGACGAAUCUGGGCCGUCCAAACCUGAGCCUGGCCCUCCUCCUCCCGGCGCCGCCACCGCCGCUGCUGCUGCUUGCUCUGCAGGAGCAGCAGGGGAAGCGGGCGAGCGAGCAGAGCGUGCACACGUGGAGGCACAAGAGGAGGCAGCAGUGCUAGCAGCAGCGCCGCACACCCCACCACUGCACCCUCCGCUCCCGGGGCUGAUUUCUGAGCCGCCUCAGAAACCGUUUGCAGCGCCGCACACCCCGCUUCUGCAUUCCCCUCUCCCUGUGCCGUCCCUCUCCUUCCCUGCAGCAGCACCACCCAUCCGCACGUGCCACUCUGCCACCCACCUGAGUGCGCUGGCCGAGGUUCUGGGCGAGGGCCCGUAUCAGGCAGGUGAAGGGGCCUUCGAGGGCACGCCAGGGGUGGUUUGUGAGGCGAGUCAAAAGUCAUGCCGGGCGGGUGAAGGGGGCUUUAAGGGGGCGCAGGCGGGUGUGCAGCAGGGGUCGGUGGGUAAGGCCCCUCCUGCCAAACGGGCCCGUGUGGGCGGGUGCCAUGGGGGUGGGGGUCGUGGGUUGAGUGCUGGGGGUAGGGGAGGGCGCGGGAGGCAUGAGGGGGAAGGGGGAGGGCGGGAGGUCCAAAAGGGAGAACAGGGUGGGGGAGGGGGAGGGGCAGGAGGAGGAGGGGGAGGAGCCGGCAAAGAGAGUGGGGUGCGUCACGCACGCCAAGCUUCGUGGAAUGCUCCCGGGGCUGUGCUGGCUCGGGCUGACGCUGCUGCCGAUGCUGCGGUGGUGGCUGGGGGAGCUGUGUUGACUGGCUUGGGUGGUGGGACGGGGGUGAGUGAGGGGGAAGGGCUGGCCGGUGGGGCAGAUAGAAUAGUAGGGGGGCGCAUGAUCGAUCCUGAAAAAGCCGUCGAAGCAGGAACAAGGGAAAUACCAACAGCAGCAGCAGCAGCAGCAGCAACAAUAGGAGAAACGAGCAGGGUGGCUACACAAGGGGCAGAGAGGAGAGAAGCUGUGCAAGUGGGGACGAAGCAGAAGGACAUGCAAAGGCAGGAGAAGGGGGGCCAUCCAGCCAAAGCAGCUGCUGCAGGAGCAUGCUCAUUAGCAGGAGGAGAAGCUCCCUUGGCUACAUUCGAGCAAAACGCCCUGCACUGCUCCCAGCAAUGCAAGGAGAAGCCAGUGCAGGUGCAGCCUGGUACUGAAGAGAUGCAAGGAGAGAGAGGAGCAGCGCAGGAACAACAACCCGGAGAGGCAGGCGAGGCGGCGGUGUGGGUGAGGAUAGAUGUGAGGGACACGGGCGUGGGAAUACCGGAGGAUCAACUGGGGCGGCUGUUCACGCCGUUCCGGCAGGUGGACGACUCGUCGUGCCGCAAGCACGGCGGCACGGGCCUGGGUCUCUCCAUCUGUCGCUCGCUCGCCGCGCUCAUGGGGGGCUGCAUCUCCGUCGCCUCCUCCCCCCGCCACGGCUCCACCUUCUCCCUCUCCCUGCCCUUCUCUCCUUCCUCUGCCCCCCCUGCUUGCAGCGGGCAGGAGGCAGAUCUGAAGGUUGUUGGGAGUGCGUCUCUGCCUGAUGUGGUGGCGAUGCCGUUAUUGCCUGCUGAUGACCCUCUCGUGCAGCAGCAGCAGCGGCAGAAGGAGGAGCGGCAGCGGCAGGAGCAGCAGAGGCAAGAGGAGGAGCAGGGGGAGGAGGAAGAGGAGGAGGGGGAGUGGGAGGAGGGGCAGGAGGAGGAAGUAACGCAUUCUGCUGGUGGUAGGGGCUGCAGCAGUGGCGGUGGUCCGUUUGAGGGGCUGAGGUGCCUGGUGGUGGAGGACAACGCGGUGAAUCGCAUGGUGGUGGUGCAGCUGCUGAGGAACCUGCGAGUCUCGUGUGACGUGGCAGAGAAUGGGCACAAGGCCGUGGAGGCCUGCCGCUCCACCAACUACCACGUCAUCUUCAUGGACUGUCAGAUGCCAGUGAUGGACGGUUUUGAAGCCACCACACACAUCCGACGGCUGCAAGCCGCCCCUCACCCCGCUCAAGCUGGAGCUGUGGGAGAAGCGAAGGCGGGUGAAGCAGUGCAAGCAGGGAGAGACCCACAGGGGGGGUGUGGUGGACAGGCUGACACAAGGCUGGCUUCCCGGCAGCAGCAGCAGUCGGGUUUGAAUGCGCAGCAGCAGCAGUCGGGUUUGAAUGCGCAGCAGCAGCAGUCGGGUUUGAAUGCGCAGCAGCAUCAGUUGGGCUCAAAAGCGCAGCAGCGGUCGGUUAUAUAUGCGUUGACUGCGAGUGUGUUGAAGCAUGAGAGAGACAAGUGUGUGAGUGUAGGGAUGGAUGGGUUCCUGGCCAAGCCGAUCCGCAUGAGAGACCUGCGGCAGGUGCUGCAGGAGGUGGUGGUUGGACGCAUGUAG